UCGGGCCCUGCGGCCGGGCGGGGCCCCGGGCCGCGGCCCCGGUCUCCCGGCCUGUCCCCUUCGUGGGGCGCGGCGAUGGCGGCCGGGUGUCCGAGCACGGACCCUUCCGGCGCCUCCUCCUCCUCCCUGCUGUCGUCCCCCUCCUCCUCCUCUUCGCCGAGCGAGGUGAUGGCGCUGAAGGACGUGCGGGAGGUGAAGGAGGAGAACUCCCUGGAUGAGAAGCUUUUCUUGCUGGCGUGCGACAAGGGUGACUAUUAUAUGGUUAAAAAGAUUUUGGAGGAAAGCAGUUCAGGUGACUUGAACAUAAAUUGCGUAGAUGUGCUUGGGAGAAAUGCUGUUACAAUAACUAUUGAAAAUGAAAAUUUGGAUAUACUACAGCUACUUUUGGACUACGGUUGUCAGUCCACAGAUGCACUUUUGGUGGCAAUCGACUCUGAAGUAGUGGGAGCUGUUGAUAUACUUCUUAAUCAUCGACCAAAACGAUCAUCAAGACCAACUAUAGUAAAACUAAUGGAGCAGAUUCAGAAUCCUGAGUAUUCAACAACUAUGGACAUUGCACCUGUCAUUUUAGCUGCUCAUCGUAACAACUAUGAAAUUCUUACAAUGCUGUUAAAACAGGAUGUGUCUCUACCUAAGCCCCAUGCAGUUGGCUGUGAAUGCACAUUGUGUUCUGCAAAAAACAAAAAGGACAGCCUCCGACAUUCCAGGAAUGAUUAUGAGGAACUAGCCCAGCAAUGUAAAAUGUUUGCUAAAGAUUUGCUUGCACAAGCCCGGAAUUCACGGGAAUUGGAAGUUAUUCUAAACCAUACAUCUAGUGAUGAGCCUCUUGACAAACGAGGAUUAUUAGAAGAAAGAAUGAAUCUAAGUCGUCUAAAACUUGCUAUCAAAUAUAACCAAAAGGAGUUUGUCUCCCAGUCUAACUGCCAACAGUUUUUGAACACUGUUUGGUUUGGACAGAUGUCAGGUUACCGACGUAAGCCUACCUGUAAGAAGAUAAUGACUGUUUUAACAGUUGGCAUCUUGUGGCCACUUUUGUCACUUUGCUAUUUGAUAGCUCCCAAAUCUCAGUUUGGCAGAAUCAUUCAUACACCCUUUAUGAAAUUUAUUAUUCAUGGAGCAUCAUAUUUCACAUUCUUGCUGUUACUAAACCUAUAUUCUCUUGUCUACAAUGAGGAUAAGAAAAACACUAUGGGACCAGCCCUUGAAAGAAUAGACUAUCUUCUUAUACUGUGGAUUAUUGGAAUGAUUUGGUCAGACAUUAAAAGACUCUGGUAUGAAGGGUUGGAAGACUUUUUAGAAGAAUCUCGUAAUCAACUCAGUUUUGUCAUGAAUUCCCUUUAUUUGGCAACCUUUGCCCUGAAAGUGGUUGCUCACAACAAGUUUCAUGACUUUGCUGAUCGGAAAGACUGGGAUGCAUUUCAUCCUACAUUGGUGGCAGAAGGGCUGUUUGCAUUUGCAAAUGUUCUGAGUUAUCUUCGGCUCUUUUUCAUGUAUACAACAAGCUCUAUCUUGGGUCCAUUACAGAUUUCAAUGGGACAGAUGCUUCAAGAUUUUGGAAAAUUUCUUGGGAUGUUCCUUCUUGUUUUGUUUUCAUUCACAAUUGGAUUGACACAACUAUAUGAUAAAGGCUAUACUCCAAAAGAGCAGAAGGACUGUGUGGGCAUCUUUUGUGAGCAGCAGAGCAACGACACCUUCCAUUCGUUCUUUGGCACUUGCUUUGCUUUGUUCUGGUAUAUUUUCUCCUUAGCACAUGUGGCAAUCUUUGUCACAAGAUUCAGCUACGGAGAAGAAUUGCAGUCCUUUGUGGGAGCUGUCAUUGUGGGCACGUACAACGUGGUGGUUGUGAUUGUGCUCACCAAGCUGCUGGUGGCAAUGCUGCACAAGAGCUUCCAGUUGAUAGCAAAUCACGAAGACAAAGAAUGGAAGUUUGCCCGCGCAAAGUUGUGGCUUAGUUACUUUGAUGACAAAUGUACAUUACCCCCACCUUUCAACAUCAUUCCUUCACCAAAAACCAUCUGCUACAUGAUUAGUAGCCUCAGUAAAUGGAUUUGCUCUCAUACAUCAAAAGGCAGGGUUAAACGGCAAAACAGUCUAAAGGAAUGGAGAAACUUGAAACAAAAGAGAGAUGAAAACUACCAAAAAGUGAUGUGCUGCUUGGUACAUCGUUACUUGACUUCUAUGAGACAGAAGAUGCAAAGCACAGAUCAGGCAACUGUAGAAAAUCUAAAUGAACUGCGCCAAGAUCUGUCAAAAUUCCGAAAUGAGAUAAGGGAUUUACUUGGCUUUCGGACUUCUAAAUAUGCUAUGUUUUAUCCAAGGAACUAAUCAUUUUCUAACUCAUGUAGAGAAUAAUUUUCAAUAAUCUGAAAGGUUGUUUGCAUAACUUGAAAUUAAAUCAUAAGAUAUAUAUUGAAAUAUAGAAUUAUGUAAAAGCAUUGUUUAAAAUAUUUAUAGCAUAACUAUGUUAUAUAAAAUAUGUAAAUAGAGUAAGCUUUUUAAAACUUUUGUUGGUUGCUUUUUGCGGAAGCAAAACAGAUUUAGUAGACAGGUUUUGUGAGCAUGCUGCUUGGUUUUCUUAUUUGAACAAUGCUCUAAAUUUUUUUUCUUUUUAUGUUAAAGAAGGGCAGUUAUAAUUAUAAACAUUGCCAGAAAAUUCGCUAAAUGAAGACCAGUAAAUGUCUUCUGUGGAAUAACUUGAAGUAUUGAAGUCAUGGUUUAUAAAAUGUGUUUUAGGACUUUACAUAUAAUAUAGUAUUUAUUGUUUGGGAUUAUAGUUUAAUCUAAAAUGGUAAUCUGUUUUUAUUUUAUUAUAAUCCUAAGUAGCAAAGAAACAACCUUAAUGAAUAUUUGAAUCUAUUUAUGUCUAUUAAUUUAAAUUCACUUCAGUUUUGUUAUUGUAAUAUAUUUACUUUUACAUGGUUGUAAUUACUCUAUUUUUAAUUUUGCUUUUUUUUAAUUUAAUAGUAUUUUAUAUAUAGACUAGAGGCCCAAUGCACGAAAUUCGUGCAAGGGCCUUGGCCCCAGCCACUGCCGGCACCGCCAGCUGGGGACCUCUUCCACCUCUGCCGCAGCCUCCCGCUGCGGCUGUGUCCAGAAGGAAGGAUGUCUGGUCUAAUUAGCAUAGUAUGCUUUCAUUAGUAUAGAUUUCCAUUUAUUGAUAUAAGUCUACCUGUUAAAUUUUAUAGAAUCAUGUCAUUUUUGAAAUAUACAGUUAGUAGACUUGUUUUUUUUGUCGCUGUAGAGUACUUGUUUAUGUUUACAGGUUUGCCCAGGUACUUAUAUAAGAUUAGACAUUUGGUGGUUUUUAACCUUUUUCUUGUUAUAAUAGUGCCAUAAUUUUUUUCAGGUUGGCGUGAAUGUUCAUAGCUAUAAAGUAAGUCUUAGAAGAUAUUUCUGUACCACGUGUGGUCACAGGCUGUUUUAUUUUUUUAAACAUUGGAAAACCCUGCAGGGAUCUGUUCUAUUUGAACUAAGGUUCUUGGGCUUUUCUCCAAAAGUAUUUUCCACAGAAUUAACAUAGCUUCAAUAAAAGUGACUUCAUGUUGA